CGACCGUGAGUAGAAGGACCCCACACCAUGCGACCGUACACGUGCCUGACUGGCACUAGAGACGCGGGAAGUUUCGCAGAAGUCCUCUGAUAAAUCGUAGUUAUUUCUGGCUAUUAGGACGUUGUUUACAUCCAGCAGUGAUGUCGUGUUUCAGCGGGGAUCCCAACUUCUGCCCUGAGUGUGGCAGCGUGCUCCCUGUGCCCGGGAUGCGGGACACGCUCAGAUGCCCGCGCUGCGCCUUCAGCCUGCCCGUCCGAGAGCUCUCAGGCCAGGAGAUCCGCUCCACAGUGAUCUUUAACCCUGUGGAGCAGUCGUCAAUAGUGGCAGAGGACAACGAUUCAGAACUGAAGGGACCUGUGAUUGACAGACGUUGCUCUCGAUGCAAUAAAGAGGGGAUGGUUUACCAAACCAAACAAAUGAGAUCAGCAGAUGAAGGACAGACUGUCUUCUUCACCUGUAUACAUUGCAGGUAUCAGGAGAAAGAGGAUUCCUGAGAGGACAGAGCCAGUGUUUUCCCGGUCAUUCCCCUACCUGCCUCUGUUUUCCCAUCUGCUGACUUUGAGCAAAUGGCCACCUCAUGCCCUUCACUGCCCUGUGCAGAGCAUCUCAAUGGCUUUCAGCUGCAUUCACAAUGUUGAAUGCAGUUUGUUUACACGGUGUGUAUAUGUGCAUGUUUCAGGAUGAUAGAAAUCCGCAGGACAGAAAUACCCACUUAGCAUCAUAGCAUAAACUGUUGCUUUUGUGAAAAUAUCAUUUAUUUUGGUUCUGUUGGUGUCUUUUUGCAGUCAUGAUUAGACAUAAGAUCAUCCUACGACAGCGUUUUAGUGGCAUUGUUAGUUAGAAAAAAAAUCAUGGAGCUUGGGAGAGAGGGAUAAUAUUCCGAGAAAAAAAAGAGAUUAAAGUGGUAAAUAUAUGAGAAGAAACUCACAAAUUUAUGAGAAAAAACUUGAAAGUUAUAAAAUUAUAGUCA